AUGGCCAACGCGUCGCAGUGCCUGGAGGAGGGCUCGGGGCGCUGGCCGCCGCCGGCCGGGCCGUACAGCGAGGCGCAGCGGCUGGCGCUGGAGGAGCUGGUGGCGGGCGGCCCCGAGGCGCUGCGCGCUUUCCUGCGGCGGGAGCAGCUGCCGCCCUUCCUGUCGGAGCCCGAGGUGCAGGACAUCGCUCGGGCCGCGCUGCCGCCCGCCGCGGGCCCGGAGCCGGCGGCCGAGCCGGCGGCCGGAGCCUCGCUGGACGCCUCGUCGCUCACCUACUUCCCCGAGCGCUCGGAGCUGGAGCCGCCCGCGCUGGAGCUGGGCUGGCCGGGCUUCGCCAGCGGCGCCUUCCGCGGGCUCACGCGGGUGGAGGCGCAUUUCCAGCCCGGCUGCGGGGACAGCAUCUACGGCUGCAAGGAGGCGGUGCGGCGCCAGAUCCGCUCCGCCCGGCAGAUGAUUGCCCUGGUUAUGGAUUCCUUCACAGACACUGAUAUCUUCACAGACAUCUUGGAAGCCUGUAGCCAACGGCAAGUUAAAGUGUAUAUCCUUCUAGAUCAGUCUUCAUUUUCCCACUUUCUAAAAAUGUGCAAGGAUCUGGGAGUUGACCUUGAGCAGGAAAAGUUGAUGAGGGUUCGGAUUAUCACGGGGAGCACGUACUGCACCAGGUCAGGCACCAAAAUCAUUGGAAAAGUCCGUGAAAAGUUCAUGUUGAUUGAUGGCAUUAGAGUGACCACAGGCUCCUACAGUUUUACGUGGACAGAUGGGAAGCUGAACAGCAGUAACAUUUUGAUCCUGUCAGGCCCAGCAGUUGCACACUUUGACCUGGAAUUUCGGAUUCUUCAUUCAAGGUCAAAGCCUAUCAACCUCCAAGAGUUUUCCAGCUGCAAGAAGAACAGGGUGUGGGACCAGCUGUUCAGGAUAACAGUGGCUUCCAGAGACAUGACCAGGGAACACUUGCUGAGAAUGGAAUUUUUGUAUCUGAGAGCAUUUGUAGGAGAGCUGAAGAGGAAGAGGAGCUGGCUGCACGCCUCCAGGGAGGCAGUGUACAGCCCAAAUAACACACUGCACACCUCUCCCCCGCUGACUAAGAGGAAUGGCUCCCUGGUUAUGAGGCCACACUGGAUCAUAGAGAGAUGAACUGCAUGUCCAUGCAGAGCAAGCAGCACCACCUCAGGAACCACGUCUGUCCAUCCCUGCCCAGCACUGUCCUGCAGUGUGUUUGUGAGGGCAGCUGGGAAAGAAACCUCAGACUGACAGAAAGUGAAACUGGAAUUGUGGCUUUGUUUGAAGAAUAUUAUACAGCCAUUAUUGACUUCUACUAUUCUGUUAAAUUUUCAUUUCUCAACCUGUUCGUGCAUGUUUUAAGCUGAUGGGUUGGCAGUGUCAUAGCUCAGUAGCUCAACCCUUUUUUGUUUUUUGUUAAGAAAUCUAGGUAUUGAAAUUCAUAUUGCUUGAAAGUCAGUUCCAAGAUGAAAGCAGGCUCUGAAAUCAGCCUUGGUCUUGUAGAAACUCUCCACCAACUGGUUCAUGAUACAAACCAGGAGUAAUCCUAAUCUAGAAGCCAGUAGGUCUGUACCACACUAUUACUUGUCAAAUGUUACAUUUUCUUCAUACAAAGCUAUGCUGGCAGGCAAAAUGAGCUAAUGUGUCAGCAAACAAGGCUUUAGUGUGACUGAAUUUCAAAUGGCCUUUGUAUUAGACCGGUUGGAUUGCUGGGCAUCAUGCAAUAAAUGUGUGAGGGAUAAUAUUCUAAAGGACCCCCCAUGUUUGUAGGAGAGCCAAAUGAGAACAACUCCUUGGCAUUAUCAGACAGACUUUUUGUUAUCUUUGUGGCUGCUGCUGCUGCCUGGUUUAGUGGAAAAAGCUGAGUAGAUCUGAAAUCUGUGAAGCUGCUGCCUCUUCACAGAAGUCCUUAUUUCACCAGAAAUGCAAAGACACAGAAGUCAGUGUCAGAACCAUUUUUAAGGUGUCUUGGAAGCUCAAUUUUUUAUUAUUAUUUUUUAAUCCAUUCAUUUCUGGAGGGAAAAAAUCACCCUCAAAUGAAUAAGCUAUCCUCCCAAACAGCUGCACAUUGAGGCACUGAAGUUCCAGCAGCCUGCCAGUGCAGAUACUCAUUAGCCAAAACAAUGUUUAUCAUUUCUCAAUUGUUCUUGUGGCUCUUCUACUGCAAAAUACUCAGAUAUGUGCUUGUGUGAGUGUCUUGUGGGUUCUGGGCUUCAGAGGGGAAGGUUAAAACCUGGCAGAGGAAUUUCAGCUAAACAGCAGCAAGGUGACAUUAAACGGGACAGAUGGAGCUUACAAAAAUGUACAUUGCAAAAAUGUACAUUGCAGAAAUGUACUGAUUAGUAUGCAGCUAAUCUGGGCCCUCUUUCUUCUGCUCUGACAAUCAUGGAAAUGUAAUCAUUCAGGCUCUCCUAAUCUGUAAAUAUUCAAUAGCUCAUAGCUUUGUACUAUUAACUUCCAUCCAGAUGUAAAGAAACUUGAAAUAUGUAUUUUUAUUCUUAGCUAUAUUUUCCAUAAAGGCAAACCCCAUACAAUGUUGAACUCUAUGCAAAAUACUCUUUGUGCAGUCUUAUUUUCAUAAUAAUUAUCUGUAUAUAUUUUCUCAAGCAUAACUUCUCCACUUUGUUAUUCAUCUCAUUACUUUAAUAGGCAGCUCUUUCCACGUGGGAUUUUUUCUCAACG